UUACACAACUCUUAUCACUUUCCAAUAAAUAACGGUUGUUCUUACAAUCUUACUAUACCUUUCUACAAUCUCUUCCACGUAAAAGAGUUUUCAGGAGGAUGCAGUUACAUGCUGUAGCGUUUGCCGGUUUUAUCUCCGUGGUACUUUCUCAAAGUCACCAUCAUGACAUUGCUUUAGCUGUGGAUAGGACCUUUGAUUUGAUUGAUUUCAACCCCAAGGACGGUAACCUACAAUACCAGGAGCUUAGCAUGGGAUUCGAUUAUAUAGACACUAAUGAUGAUGGCGUGCUUUCAUUUGAGGAAUACAUCAAUGUUACAAACUCUGAACCAAUUCAGCGAGACAUCUUCAACCACUACGAUACAAACAAAGAUGGAGUCCUUCAGAAAACAGAAUAUGUUGACACUCCAUUCAGGGCAAUGGACCCCAAUGGGGACAACGUAGUGACAAGACAUGAUUACGAUCACUUCUACACCAAUAUGAUUCAUCAUAUUCUACAGCAGCAGCACGGACAUAAUGGACGUUAGGGAUUCCAUGUACACCUGAAAAUAAAUGAUGAAUAUUUCAAAUGAA